CCAGGCCUAGGCCCGGCCGCAGAGCAGAAUUGGCAUUUCCAGAUUGGGUCUGGUGGUGCACCUCCUCCGGGACCCUUCCCUCAGGACCUGCCUCGCCGGGCACCGCGGGCGUUCGAGGCCGUUGCUCCAGGAGGGAACAUCUCUGGAAGAAUAAACAAGAAACUGAUAAGAGUGCUUCUGGGAAUCACUAGGAACGGAACUGGAGGUUUAAGAAAAGGUGGACAAAUCCUAUUUUCAAGAGAAGAUGACUUUUAACAGUUUUGAAGGAUCUAAAACUGGUGUGCCUGCAGACAUCAAUAAGGAUGAAGAAUUUGUAGAAGAGUAUAAUAGAUUAAAAACAUUUGUUAAUUUCCCAAGUAGUAGUCCUGUUUCAGCAUCAACACUGGCACGAGCCGGUUUUCUUUAUACUGGGGAAGGAGAUACUGUGCGGUGUUUUAGUUGUCAUGUUGCAGUAGAUAGAUGGCAAUAUGGAGACUCUGCAGUUGGAAGACACAGGAAAGUAUCUCCAAAUUGCAGAUUUAUCAAUGGCUUUUAUUUUGAGAAUAAUGCUGCACAGUCGACAAAUCCUGGGAUCCAAAAUGGUCAGUACAAAGUUGAAAACUGUCCAGGAAACAGAAAUCCUUUUGUUUUAGACAGGCCAUCUGAGACUCAUGCAGACUAUCUUUUGAGAACCGGACAAGUUGUAGAUAUAUCAGACACCAUAUACCCGAGGAACCCUGCCAUGUGUAGUGAAGAAGCGAGAUUAAAGUCAUUUCAGAACUGGCCAGACUAUGCUCAUUUAACCCCAAGAGAGUUAGCUAGCGCUGGACUUUACUACACAGGUAUUAAUGAUCAAGUACAGUGCUUUUGUUGUGGUGGAAAACUGAAAAAUUGGGAACCCUGUGAUCGUGCAUGGUCAGAACACAGGCGACACUUUCCUAAUUGCUUCUUUGUUUUGGGCCGAAAUGUUAAUACUCGAAGUGAAUCUGAUGUCGUGAGUUCUGAUAGGAAUUUCCCAAAUUCAUCAAAUCCUCCAAGAAAUCCAGCCAUGGCGGAUUAUGAAGCACGGAUCCUUACUUUUGGGACAUGGAUAUACUCAGUUAACAAGGAGCAGCUUGCAAGAGCUGGAUUUUAUGCUUUAGGUGAAGGUGAUAAAGUAAAGUGCUUUCACUGUGGAGGAGGGCUAACUGAUUGGAAGCCCAGUGAAGACCCUUGGGAACAACAUGCUAAGUGGUAUCCAGGGUGUAAAUAUCUGGUAGAAGAGAAGGGGCAAGAAUAUAUAAACAAUAUUCAUUUAACCCAUUCACUUGAGGAGUCUCUGGGAAGAACUGCUGAAAAAACACCAUCACUAACUGAAAGAAUUGAUGAUACAAUUUUCCAAAAUUCUAUGGUACAAGAAGCUAUACGAAUGGGAUUCAGUUUCAGGGACAUUAAGAAAAUAAUGGAGGAAAAAAUUCAGACAUCUGGGAGCAACUAUAAAUCACUUGAGUUUCUGAUUGCAGAUCUAGUGAGUGAUCAGAAAGGCAAUUCACAAGAUGAAUCAAGUGAGACUUCAUUGCAGAAAGAGAUUAGUACUGAAGAGCAACUAAGGCACCUACAAGAGGAGAAGCUUUGCAAAAUCUGUAUGGAUAGAAAUAUUGCUGUAGUUUUUAUUCCUUGUGGACAUCUGGUCACUUGUAAACAGUGUGCUGAAGCAGUUGACAAAUGUCCCAUGUGCUACACAGUCAUCACUUUCAAGCAGAAAAUUUUUAUGUCUUAA